AGCAAUUCAAUAAUAACAGUUGAUGUCAAUAUUCCACUCUCAGUGACUGAUAUAAAACUAGACACAAAAUCAGCAAGUAUAUAGAUGACUUUAACAGUAUUAUCAACCAUUUUGACCUAAGUGAAAAUUACAGAACACUCCACUCCACAGUGGCAGAAUUCAUAUUCUUUCAGGCACACAUAUAACAUUGUCCAGGACAGACAGAAGCUAGACCAUAAAGCGGACCUUAGCAAAUUUAAAAGAAUUGAAGCCAUUCAAAAUACAUUCUCCAACCGAAACCGUAUUAAGUUAAAAAUCAACAACUGAAAGAAAUUUGGGAAAUACAAAUAUUUGGAAACUAGGAAUACAAUUAUAAAUAAACUGUGAGUCAAAAUAAAAAAAACACAGUAAAUUAGAAAAUCUUUUGUACUGAAUGAAAAUGAAAACAAAACAUGCCAAACUUUACAGGUUACGGCUAACACAGUACUUGGAGGAAAAUUUAUAGCUUUCAAUGACUAUGUUAGAAGAACAGGAGUCUGAGUGGAGCGAGCGAGCUGAGUGGUUGUGUGAUUGUGUCCUGGAGACCGGUAGGGCUUGUAGCAUGGCUGACCGACUGACUGAGGAGCAGAUUGCAGAAUUCAAAGGUUUUUCACUAUUUGACAAGGAUGGUGAUGGAACCAUAACAACCAAGGAAUUGGGAACUGUAAUGAGGUCUCUUGGGCAGAAUCGCACAGAAGCAGAGUUACAGGACAUGAUUAAUGAAGUAGAUGCUGAGGGUAAUGGCACAAUUGACUUCCCGGAAUUUCUGACAAUGAUAGCAAGAAAAAUGAAAGAUACAGACAGUGAAGAAGAAACGAGAGAAGCAUUCCGUGUGUUUGAUAAGGAUGGUAAUGGCUGUAUUAGUGCAGCAGAGCUCCGCCAUGUGAUGACAAACCUUGGAGAGAAGUUAACAGAUGAAGAGGUGGAUGAAAUGAUCAGGGAAGCAGAUAUUGAUGGUGAUGGCCAAGUAAACUAUGAAGAGUUUGUACAAAUGAUGACAGCAAAGUGAAGACAUUGCACAGACUGUGUUAAAUGUCUUGUACAAAAUUGUUUAUUUGCCUUUUCUUUGUUUGUAACUUAUCUGUAAAAGGUUUCCCCCUACUGUCAAAAAAAAAUAGGCAUGUAUAGUAAUUAGGACUUCAUUCCUCCAUGUUUUCUUCCCUUAUCUUACUGUCAUUGUCCGGAAACAUUAUUUUAGAAAAUUGAUCAAGUAACAUGUUGCAUGUGGCUUACUCUGGAUAUAUCUAAGCCCUUCUGCACAUCUAAACUUAGAUGGAAUUGGUCAAAUGAGGGAACAUCUGGGUUAUGCCUUUUUUUUUUUUUUUGAGUAGUUUUCUUUAGGAACUGGCAGCAUGUUGUUGUUGAAGUGUGGAGUUGUAACUCUGCGUGGACUACGGACAAGCAACAAUAUGUACUUAAAAGUUGCACGAUUGCAAAACGGGUGUUUUAUCCAGGUACUCGUACACUAUUUUUUUGUACUGCUGGUCCUAUACCAGAAACAUUUUCUUUUAUUGUUAACCUGCUUUUUAAACUUUGUUUUAGCCACUUGAAGAAAAUCUGCUUAUGGCACAAUUUGCCUCAAAUCCAUUCCAAGUUGUAUAUUUGUUUUCCAAUAAAAAAAUUACAAUUUACCC